GUGAAGAAAUCUCUUCCCUGAACUGUUUACCCUGACGUCAGUUUGCAGAACUAGCUCUGCCCUGUCUCCCUCAGUGUCUGUGAAACUCCUCUCAGUGAGAAUUGCUGGAGUAGAUGGGUUCGGCUCUACCUACUGACGCGCCCGGACCUCACGGAGUGAAUGAAAUGAUUCCCUCUGCACAUUUAAAGUGGACUAAAACAGCUACGCGAUGAACACCUGCGCCUUUCUGUUGAUUUUGGCUGUUCAGAUCUACGCCGAUGGCAUUGAGGGGCCAACAGCAGCAGGCUGCACGUUUGAAGAGGAUUCAGAUCCCAACCUGUGUGACUUCGCCCAGGGGGAGGAGGAUGACUUUGACUGGCUGCUGUUUCGGACGUACAGCUCACCUUACACCAGCUCUGACCUCCUGCGGGGAUCCUAUUUGUUGGUGAACUCCUCCCAGCAUGCAGUGGGUCACCGUGCUCAGCUGCUGCUGCAGACGCUGAGUGAAAACGACACUCACUGCGUCCAGUUCAGUUACUUUCUGUACAGUCGGGAUGGCCACAGUCCAGGGGCCCUGAAGGCGUAUGUGCGAGUGAACGGUGGUCCGCUCGGGAGUCCGGUGUGGAACACGUCGGGGUCUCACGGCAAGCAGUGGCACCAGGUGGAGCUGGCUGUCAGCACCUUCUGGCCUAAUGAAUACCAGGUACUGAUUGAGGCUAUGGUUUCCAGGGAGAGGCACGGCUACAUCGCCUUAGAUGACAUCAUGGUGCUCAACUAUCCCUGCUAUAAAGCGCCGCACUUCUCCAGGCUCGGAGAUGAGGAGGUCAAUGCGGGCCAGAAUGCUACCUUCCAAUGUGUUGCUGCUGGAAGAGCUUCAGAGGCGGAGAAGUUCCUGCUGGAGGUCAGUGCUUCAAUGGUGGACUUUAGAGCUAAAGUAACCUGUGUGUCUGACUUUGAUGUGUGGAUAUUUUUACCUCUGGGACAGUCAAUAGUACAAAAGACAAACUGCUUUCUGUACUCAAUCCUCCAUCUUUGA